AUGAAAGAUAUUGUACAAGUUGUGCUGAUCUUUAGCUUAACGAGUGUGGUGAUGCCAGGAUUACAAGUGCGAAAAAGCAACCAAACCAAGGCUAUGAUACGAGAAUCCUGUUUUCUUUCUGACUAUUCAUUAAAGGCUAAAUGUGUACAAAUUCAUCAAAAUCUACGAUGCAAAGGGGGCUUUAAUGACCAAUGGAUUAACGGGAUCAAGUACGAAAUAACUCACUUAACAGUAACGGAAUGGCCCGGAGAGUGCUUUAAUGUUGGACACCUUCAUCUUCAUUUCCCAGAGCUGAGGUCACUUGAAAUUGUAAACUGUACACUCUUACGAACAUUCAAGGGUUAUUUUCGCAGUGAUAGUAAAAUAGAGAAAAUAACGAUGCACGGUUUGUCAUCUCUUUGGGAGAUACCUCCGGAAAUGGUGAACCACAUGGUAAAUUUGCGAGAGAUGGACCUUAGGAGUAACAUGUUAAGACACAUGAAAGCACAACUAUUGAUUGGAUCACCGGUUCUAGAGCGAGUUCGUUUAAGUGGAAACAAGUGGGAUUGUAGUGACGGUGGUUUGGACUGGCUCGCAAUGGAGGAGCCAAAUGGUACUACUAAGAGCCGUAUCACGGACUAUUACGAUCUUGUGUGCUACCAAAAACUGUAUCGGGGGAAACCGUUGCACAAAGUCAUGGAUAUUAUUAAGACGAUGCGGGAGACCUGUCCAGAUCCAUGCACGUGCAUCAUGACGCACGUGGUGUCUGACCCUCGCGGAGCUAUCAUACCGUUAAUUACAGUGGACUGUUCCGAUAAGCAGCUCACCGCAGCACCUGCGUCACUCCCGCCCAGUGCUACAACGCUCCGCCUUGAGGGCAACAAGAUUGAUACAAUCAGAUCUAUUGUUCAGAAUUCACAUUACAAGAGAUUGGCCGAUCUAUAUUUAGACAAUAAUAGCAUAGCAGCAGUGAAAGAAUUGGAAGGGUCUGAGUGGUUCAGCACGUUUCGGGUGUUGAGUCUUCGAGGAAAUUAUCUUAAGCAGAUACCGGUGUAUGCAUUCGACAAAGCGUUUCAAGCGAACAACAAUAUAAUGCACGUGUUCUUAGGUCAGAACCCGUGGCGUUGUGACUGUCAUUUCAUACCCCGUUUUCAGGGACUCUUAUUGAAGUACAAGAGGGUCAUCAGGGAUCUAACCGAUAUACGAUGUUCUAAGUCAAGCGAUAAGAAAACAUCGCUCGUACAAAUCAGCACAAUGCCACUCGGUAAUGUUUGCAGCAAUGAAACAGAGCUGGCAAUUAGUCCGAUUAACAUUGUAAACAUAGUUUUAUUCGCAUUAAUAAUGUUUAUUCUAGGUAAAUUUCUAUACGAUUGGCGUAAUUUCAAAAAUACUGGCAAAUUGCCGUGGCUAUCCUCAGUGUUACCAUGA